AUGUCGUCUUCUUCAUCACAACAACCACCAGCAGAACCAACCGCCACCAACAACAGCAAUGACCAGACCGAAGAACAAAAUGAAGACUCCUCCUCAAAACCCGUCUUGGCCCUCCCUGCACCCGGCGACUUCUCUUCCAUGACCAGCGGUGCUCCCUCACUCGAAGUCAAUGGCCAAGAUAUCAAACUCGACCUCAUUGGACCCGUUGUCGUGAACGAGGACGGAACGAUGUCGAGGAUCGACAACUGGCACGAAAUGACAGAUAUCGAAAAGGCAAAUGUCCGGAGGAUUCUCUUGAAGAGGAACAACACCCGUCUUACACGUCUUCGUGCGGAACGCGAUCAAGCCAAUGCUGACGAAGAGGCCGCCGCCGCAUCUUCUAAGGACAAGUAG